AUGUUUGUUUAUGCAAAGAGUUCAAGUUCCGUCCAACGGCCGACCAUCAUUGUCAUCUCGCCACUGAAAAGUAUCAUGGACGAACAAAUAGCGUCGAAUGAAUUCGGCCUUUCUGCAUGUGAAUUGCGUUUUGACUGCGAGACCCUAACCGCGAUUCGAGACGGAGAUGUUCAGGUGGUGUAUGCUGCCGCCGAGCAAGUACUGAACGAGAAGUUCAGUACACUUUUGAAGCAAGGAGAUACCACUUUUCGUUGUUCGUUGUCCCUUAUUGUUCUGGAUGAAUCGCACACUGUAUACACAUGGUAGGCUGCUGUUUUGUAAAUAUUUUCAGUCAACUUAUAUUUGGUUAGUUGAUUUGAAUCUCAUUUCGGUCGUUUGCAUUUAUGAAAUGACGAAUAGGUAUAAAUUAAGCUUCAAUAGCUUUAUGAAAUUUCAUGAGGAAAAAAAUGCAUCCAGCUUUAGGCCAGUUAUUAUAAACAUGUCAGCCGCGUAGAAAUGUAGAAAGGGAACCAGCAUACCGGUAGUUUCAAUUUUAGUAUCACAAUGUAAUGACAAGUUCUUAUAUCCUUGGUUAAUAUUUACUUCAACUUAACUCAUCUUUAACAGGGGAAUUGAUUCAUAUAACCAGAAGAAAUCGAAACCAUUCAGAGAGCAGUAUGGAAACCUUUCAGUUUUGAGAUCUUUCUGUAGUGGUAAGUUUGUGUUUUGUUGACAAUAAUGAAACUAUCAAAAGCACCAACAAUGAGUGGAAAAUGCUGGGAAAGUACCACAAUAUUAUUGUCCACAAAAGAACAUGGUUUAGGAUCAGGUUGCUAUAGAGUCAAAACGGAAUUGCAAACAAUUUUUGAAACUAAAUGAACACCAUAGUCUAAUGAUUUGAGAAAUCAUUGGGGAUUCAGGUGUAUUGGUUAUGGCAACCUUUAAUAAACUGCACAUUCCCAAUUUUAAAAGGCAUCAAUUUUUUUGCAAAGUGGACAGUGCUACAUCAGUUAAAUUGAGAGUCCAAUGUUAUCCUUACAAAGAAGCCUUGAAGAUGGUCAACUCUACCUUAAAAGACACCUUCAUAAAACGAACACCUUGCUAAAAUGGACACCCAAACACUAUUUCGGUGGAUUCACUAAGACAGACCCCUCUCUAAGAUGGACACAUAGUGCCGGCCACAGAGUUGUUUGUCUUAGAAAGAGAGUACAUGUAAAAUACACUGGAGAAGACUAGAAAAAUAAAGUCGACUAAAAAAACCAAGGAUCAUAUGCUUGCUGUACAGCCUGGAUUUUAAGGUUCUGAGCAACGUUUCUCAGAGCACAGUCUUAAAUCACCUAAGGAUACUACUCAGAUUUUUGCAUACACACACAAGUUUUAACUGUCUUUGGUUUCAGGAGUUCCAGUUUUGGCUCUUACUGGCACUGUGGAUUCAAAGAUGGGCAAGAAAAUAAGAAACUUACUGGCUAUGAAACAAGAUGUGCAUUGCAUAACACUUUCUCCUGAGCGAAGUAACAUCAAAUUUUCUGUCAUUAUGGUCAAGAGGGAACAUUAUCAUUCCAACUUUGAAUGGAUUUCAAACAUGAUCAAAACUCACGGCUUGUCAACACCUAAAACCAUCGUAUUCUGCAAUACAAUGACAAAUGUUGCCUCAAUGGUAGGAAAUCUGUUUGCCAUGCUUGGAAAUGCUGUGUACGUACCUGAAAGGCCCCAAGUGCCUGAGAACAAAUUGGUUGGCAUUUUUCAUUCUCUUACUCUCUCUUAA